AAUGGAGUGAUUGACGACGCGUUAAAGAAGCAAAGAGAUCUUAAACCAAAAAUAAAAACAAACAUAAUGAGUGAUUCUGGUGAUGGUGGCAAGAAGGUGUGCGCGGUUGAAGGAGGGAAUAAUAGUACCAGAAAAGUCGAAGAACGUCAAUGUAGCAGAGAAGUCGUAGAACGUCUAUUUGACAAGCUAAUGGGAGAUGAGGAGUUUAGCUCCGUCCUCUAUACGCUUUAUAAAGAACGUAAAAAGUUCAUCAAUCUCAGAUCCCAAAUUUGGGCAGGGGAGAUAUUUUCCGGAUUGUCUAAUCGUGAUGAAGUAUUGGCUAAUGUGAGUCAACGCCUUGACACAGUGGAGCAGGAAACGAAGAAGACUAUCUUUAAAGCCUUGGAAAGUCACAAAAUGGAUUAG